AUGGGGGUCGUGCUGCUUCCACAGGUCUCCAGGCGCUGGCUCCGCCAUACAAUUCCUCUUGCCAUUUUCGCGCUGCUACUUUUUUAUCUCUGUACUCGGAGCCUACGCGCCCUCUCGGGCUGCGGAUCGGGGGCUCAGCCCUGCGUUACUGAGGGACCUCCGCCUUCACAGAUCCGGCAACAGUUGGGAUCCCUGGAGGCCCCGGAGCGGGAAGAGCCUCGGUGUCUGGGCCCCGAGGGGAUGCUGGGCCGCUUGGUGAGGCCGUUCCGCGCUAGUCUGAACCUGGAAGGGGAUGUGGAGUUGUCGCAGUACCUGGCGGGAUGGAGGGAGCUCAUCAAAUUCCUAACUCCCUUCGGCUCCAUCUUCACCUUCGCCACGAGCGAAGCCUUCAGCAAAGUGACAGCCCUCGAGGCUCGGGUGCACGGCCCAGAUGCCGCGCACUACACAUCGCUGGCGACCAUGGCUGCGUGGGAGCGGCGGGCGGGACUGCUGGAGAGGCCUGGGGUCGCCCCUCCGGACUCGGCCAAGGCCUCGGGCUCACGGACGACUCUCCUGCUGCACCGUGCGCUACGCUGGUCCCAGCUCUGCCUGCAGCGGGUGGCCACCGGGGCGCACCGAGGCCCGAGCGCCGGCGAGCAGUGCAGCGACGCCUACAGCACCGUCCUGGGCCCGCACCACCCCUGGCUGGUUCGGCAGGCCGCCCGCCUCGCGUUCCUCUCCUUCCCGGGUCGCGGCCGCCUGCUGGACCUGGCCUGUCCGCGAACCGGAGAGGCGGAGGCGCGGGCCGCGUUGGCUCGCGCGGCGGGCACCCUGGAGGAGGUCUACAACCGGACGCAGGGUUUGCUGGCCGAGCGCGGCCUGCUCCAGCUGGCCUAGGGGAUC